GUCGAAUCUAUGGGUCUCUCGGACUCGAGAACUUGUCCGGGUUCUCCGUGGGCACAUCAGAUCAAUAGAAUAUAAAAUAAACGAUAAAGUACUGGCGCUGGAAACUGGAAAAGUCUUCAUUUUCCCUCUAAUGUCUAUAUUUAAAGAAUCAUACAGCUUUGAGGUUGACCAAAUCUUAGCUCGUCUCCUGUAUUCUUCAAGAACCAACAAGCUAGUCUCGUGAACAUCAUCCAACGCACAGUAAUUGUAACAACAAUGCCUUUUCUAUCAACACCCCUGACCCUUGCCGCUACCGGUGGCAUCCUCGGGUCUGCCUGGAUAUCCGGAGGCAACGCAUCGCUAUCGUUCGCCGCAAUCCCAGCCAUACUCCAAAGCGGCGCGUCAACAGACGGCCUCGUGCGAGCGUGGUACACGCAAUUCUCCCGCUCCCUAUAUAUCCCAGUCAUAGGCGUCGUCACAGGGCUCAACUACUUCCACCUAGCCUACCGACACCAUGCUCUCGGCCGAGAAUGGCGCGGUUUCGCCGCCGCCGGCCUCGCGAACGUGGUGAUGGUUCCCUUCACUCUGCUUUUCAUCGGGGGGAUUAAUAACACGCUGAUGGCAGCCCGUAAGUGCCCCCUGCCGUCAAAUUGUCACAUUGCGCUCUUCUCCCUAGUUACCCCUGAACCGACCUAGGAGAUAUCCUCCUUGCCCGACUCAACAAUUUUUGGAUCUUGUGUAAGAGUAUCCAGCUAACAGAUCUUUUUAGUGCCCGGUGCCCAAGGGAGGAAA